AUCAGGGACGCGCGGUUCGAGAGAUUAUACCGGCACAGACCGAGCGGACUCGUAUAUAGCACAGUACAAGAGACUACAGUAGUUAUUUUAUCUAGACAGAGCUAUUCGCGUAGGCAUCGAAGCGGAUACAGAAAGCCACCACAGCCGAAGAACAUCGCUUGAUCAUAACGUGAUUAUCGUCCGUCGAGUUAUUACUGUAGUCGAAGGCGUCUACUGGGACAGCUUUAAAUAAGAAUACAUCAGUUCGUCUUUCUUAAUAAGGAAUGCCAAGAGAGCUCACCCAGAACAGGAUCCAAAAAAUCUGGAUUCCGUCUAAGGAUGACAAACCAGCGGUACCUCGAAGAUCCGAGGGAGGCCCCCACCUGGCCAACCCGCCCACUGUGAUUGUGAUGGUUGGCCUGCCGGCGCGAGGGAAGACCUACAUGUCCAGGAAACUGACCCGCUACCUCAACUGGAUCGGGCUUCCCACCAAAGUCUUCAAUGUUGGAGAGUAUCGGCGAGAGGCCGUCAAGCACUACAGCUCGUAUGACUUCUUCAAACCCGACAACCAGGACGCGGUGAAAAUAAGACAACAGUGUGCCUUAGCAGCUCUGAGGGAUGUCAAGUCGUAUCUGACGGAGGAAGGCGGCCAAAUCGCUGUCUUCGAUGCCACCAACACCACAAGAAGCAGAAGAGACAUGAUCCUGAAUUUUGGCAGUGAGAACGGAUUUAAGAUCUUUUUCAUUGAAUCAGUGUGCGAGGAUCCCAGUGUCAUCGCAACAAACAUAAUGGAAGUGAAAGUGUCUUGCCCAGACUACCAGGACUGCAACAAGGCAGAUGCCAUGGAGGACUUUCAGAAGCGUAUCGAGUGUUACCGGCUGUCAUACGAGCCUCUGGACCCAGACCAGUACGACAGGAACCUGUCCUUCAUCAAGGUGAUUGACGUGGGUCGGAGGUUCCUGGUGAACCGGAUCCAGGACCACAUCCAGAGCAAGAUCGUCUACUACUUGAUGAACAUCCAUGUGCAGCCACGCACCAUCUACCUGUGUCGCCAUGGCGAGAGCGAGUACAACCUGCAGGGUCGGCUGGGCGGAGACUCGGGCCUGUCCUCGCGGGGAAAAAAGUUUGCCGCAGCCCUUUCCACAUUCGUGGAGGAGCAGAAUCUGAAGGACCUGAAGGUGUGGACCAGUCAGCUGCGCCGGAGCAUCCAGACCGCUGAGGCCCUGGGCAUGCCCUACGAGCAGUGGAAGGCCCUCAACGAAAUUGACGCCGGCGUGUGUGAGGACCUGACAUAUGACGAAGUCAAAGAGAGGUUCCCUGAGGAGUUUGCUCUCAGAGACGAGGACAAGUACUACUACCGCUACCCCACUGGCGAGUCCUACCAGGACCUGGUCCAGCGUGUGGAGCCCGUCAUCAUGGAGCUGGAGAGGCAGGAGAACGUGCUGGUCAUCUGCCACCAGGCCGUCAUGCGCUGUCUGCUGGCCUACUUCCUGGACAAGAGUGCAGAUGAGAUGCCGUAUCUGAAGUGCCCUCUCCACACUGUGCUGAAGCUCACUCCUGUUGCUUAUGGGUGCAAAGUAGAGUCCAUCUUUUUGAAUGUUGAGGCAGUGAACACUCACAGGGACAGACCUGAGCAGUUGAAGAGGGGUCCUGGCACGCUUAUCAGGAGGAACAGUGUGACCCCGCUGACCAGCCCGGAGCCCACCAAAAAGCCCCGCUUCGAUGGGCUGGAUGACUGCACCAUCCCAGAGUUCAGCCCUGCCCCCACCCCACUCUCCCACUGCGCUUCCUUGGCCCUCCCCACGGCCCUGUUGGGACAGCUCCGGCUUAGUGAAGCUUGUCUAACCUGAAAAGAAGCCAAUCGGACCUCCAUGAACUUGUGCAGCUCAGCCAGUGAGACGACAUUAAGCAACCCCUCGCACAGGAAGUGAUGUCACAGAUGGGACAAUGAUUUUUCCAUUUUGUCUGGCUUGGCUUCGGCUCCGGGGAUAUCAGUGGGGAACAGAACAUCGCUCUGAGCAGUGCAGGGCCGUGACUGUUUUUCCACUGCCGUGUCAAUGAAUGUCUCACCACUGCGAUCUGUAAGUGCUUAUAGUACACAUUAACACAUAGUGUUCCUGUAAAUACCUCAUCGAAUAUGCCCCUGUAAAUAGUGUACAGUGUAAACGAAUAGUGACGUUUCUAAUAUUGUGAAAAAAAAACGGAAGGAAAAGGGGCUCUAGAGUUCAGUAAAUUCUAGAGUCUCAGCUUUUUACUUUAAAGAAAUUAAUUAUUUUUGCUCUAUGUAAAGCAAUUCUCACAGUCUGUCCUAGGUGUUCACAAACUCAGAGUUUGAUGAAAUGAAGUAUGUGUAAUGUGACUGUCUCUCUGUUUUCACUUUAUGCGAGGGGAAAAUGUUGUAGAACAAGGUACUUUUCACUCUGCCUGAAGGGUAUUUCCAGAGGUGUUACAUGGAAGUGUAUAAGAUGAGUUACACUCAUCUGUCCAGAGGUCCUUCACUAAAUGUACUUUCCAUAGAAUAAUGAUUUACCUCACUUGGGUGAUGUGCCCCCAAAAGUUAGAUUGUCUUGUUAACUCAACCAGCAUAUACUUUCCAUGUUAGAGGUGCUUGCAACAGCAGAAACUGUCUUGCCAUUAUAGCAUGGAAAGAACUGAACUGAAUACUGGUUUAUGUAAAGAACAUGUGCAACAUUUGACACUCUCAUAUAUCAAGGUUUCUCGCUCCCUAUUCAAUGAAAGCUAAAAAAAAACUUGGCUAACAACAAAGCAAUUACAUAUGUCGAAAUUAUAAAUACAUUGAAUCGAAAUUGUAUUUUUCAACCACAUGGUCUUGAGAAUUUAGCUAUCAAGCACCUUUUUUUCUAGAAUAAGUAUUUUCACUGAAUGUUAUCCAUGUUAUCCAUGUGCAUCUGAAUGUUAGCCAUGUUUUCAGGCUUUUAUUGGAUAAGGUCUGCGGUGGUACAACACAUCUUGGAACAUGAGAGGGUUGAAACACCCCUUAUAUGAAAUACCUAAAAAAAGUUAUUCAGCACCCAGCAAAGUGAGGUCUGCCGGCUGCUCAAAAAAACGACUCCAAAAAUGACUGUAUUCAAUGAUACUGUUUGGAUUUGGGCCAUAAUAUCCACAAAACUGUAUGAUAGUGUUUUUAUGUUGUCUUUUUAAUACUUUUAACUCAAUCAAGCACCUGAAAUGGAGUGUAGAUGGGGUACAGAUUGCUUUGUUUAAAACACAAUCAAAGCAAUCGACCUAAUCCUUUAGUUUUCCCAAAGCUCAUUCUUUAAUGACAAAAGAAUGUAACACUUACCAAACUGUACCUUUGUUACAUGAAGAUAGAUGUAUUUUGAUGUUUUCAGUGUUGGGUGUUGUGUAUUGUAUUUUAUAAGAUGUUUUGUUUGUUCUCCUCCUUGGUGUUGAUGGAGGUGGAAUUCUUACCAGUUGUACUGGGACUACAGAGCAUGGAAUAUUUAAUUCUUUAUUUGACUCUGUUUUCUGGUUUGGGGAAGACUAAUUGAUUUUUGUGUAAUAUUUAAGGUCUCAAAAACAAUUUUACGUACACAAAUUCUGCAGCAUGUGUCAGACAGCAAUACUCAAUAUCAGUGUAUGUUUACUCAGCUGAACAACUGAAAAUUAAUUUGAGUUACUGUGAGAAAACAUGGGAGAAAAAACUUCAUUUGGCAUCAUGAUAAACUGAUGAUAAUGAUGACAAAUGGGGUUUUGGUCUUGUUAUGAUCUGCACAUAGUUCUCCUUUGUCUCUUUAUUCUGCUCUUCUUGUAUUAUUCUGAUCUGUUCUGUUUAUGAGGGACGGAGAUCCGUUAGCCACAGUGCCUAGCGCUUGUACUCCACAUUCAGUGCUGCUUUGUUAAUGAGAUUUUGCACGUAGGGAUGGCGGGAGGUGGCUCCUUAGCUCCAUAUCUCUGUAUGUGCUGCUCUUAGGUAAUUCCGGCAGUGUCCUUACAUGCCAUCUUCACUUUAAACAAUUCAUUGUGCUGUGUUUUAUUCUGUUGUAAUCCUUUUGUUUUACUGUUGGCUUUUGAAUUUUUUUAAAUUAAUUUGCUGUUAGCUUACUAACAAUGAAGACUAAUUUUAUAUCAUCCAUAGCAAUGAGCUGUUUACAGUAUAUAUUUGUUUUAUCAAAUGUAUUUCACUGAACAGUAAAACCACAUGUACAUAAGACUGUAAAUACAAGAAUAUUAAGUCACGCAAUACCUUUUUUCUUGAAACUUCAUAACAGUAGUUUGAAUGUAACAGUUUGAUGAAAUGAAGGAACCCUCGCAUCUAUUUUGAAAUAGAAUUUUGUAAUACACUGUGGAUGACUGAUUGGCUGAAGCAGUCUUUAAGUAAAGCAAAUCGAGUUAUGGGGUUUGAUCACGUGAUUUAAGGAACGUAGGAUGUUGUCUUCACCAAUCUUAACGUCAGUGAGAGAGACUUUUUAUUUAAUUGUGAUACUUGAAUUUUGUUUUGUUAACAUAUUGUUAAACUAUUUAUUUAUUUGUAUUUAAAUAUGAAAAAGUUUGAAAAUGAGGCUGAAGAGUAAUCAAGAUUUAUCAAAUUUGUGGUGUUGAAACAUUGCUGCUUGAGACACAUUUUACCAGCAUUUGUUUGCUGAAUAAAUCUUGAGAAUUAAAGAAGUGUUGCACCUUCAUUUGUAAACUUCAAAAGUGUGGAUUGUACAAGCUUGAUGAUUGGCUUCCCAGGGUACCACCUUAUUACAUGUCGGUGAGCAAUGAGAGAUUGUUACUGUGUGGCGUCUUGUCUGGUUCUUUGUACUUAUUCUGUUUUUGUGUGAAUGUACACGUCUGAGUGUAUCCGAAUGCCUUUUUACACGUGUCUUAUCUUAUGCAGUUGCUGGACCAAUAAAUCAUCUCAAAGAAAGAAA